AGCGCGUCCGUUUACAGACUUGAGGAAACUGGCGCCAUUGUGGCUCAAACAUGUAGCGCGAUUAGCCUGACCACAAGAGAUGAUUUGAGCCAAGAUGGCGUCCAAACGGUAGAGUUUCAUGACAGUUCAUACUGCUACUGGCGUCUGGACGAGCAUAAUCACAGGUUUCUAAACUCGGAGAAGGUAGUCGAGAGAUUCAAAGGAUGGCGCGGGUGGUGUUCCUCCAUCCGGACCUUGGUAUUGGUGGAGCAGAGCGACUGGUGGUCGAUGCUGCUGUUGCUCUGAAGUCUCAGGGAUGUAACGUUCAGAUAUGGACGGCCCAUUACGACCCAACGCACUGCUUCUCUGAGACGCUGGACCCAGAACUGCCUGUGAUAUGUGUGGGUGACUGGCUACCAACCAAUGUGUUUGGUUACCUGCAUGCCCUGUGUGCCUACCUGAGGAUGAUUUACGUGGCCCUCUACCUGGUCUUCCUCAGUGGGCUGGAGUACGAUGUUAUCUUCUGUGAUCAAGUGUCAGUGUGUAUCCCGGUGCUGCGACUGUCCCGUGUCAGGAAGAAGGUUUUGUUUUACUGUCACUUUCCAGACCAGCUUCUCACCCAGAGGAAGUCGGCCCUGAAGAAGCUUUACCGUGCUCCCAUUGACUGGCUUGAGGAAUGCACUACUGGCAUGGCUGAUAUGAUUCUGGUAAACAGCCAGUUCACUGCAGGCAUCUUCAGCGAGACCUUUCGUGGUCUAAGAGGAGUCCAGACAGAUGUCCUCUAUCCCUCCCUCAACACGCGUACCUUUGACCAGCAGUCCAGUGAAGCACAAGGCCUGGAAGGGCUGCUCCCCGAGGGGACCACCUGCCUGUUUCUCUCUCUGAACCGAUACGAGAGAAAGAAGAAUCUGGGGCUGGCUCUGGAAGCUUUUGAAGCCCUGAGGAGCAGCCUUCCCCCAGGACAGAGAGCAGGUAUUCACCUGGUGGUGGCGGGGGGCUACGAUGACCGAGUUACUGAGAAUGUUCAACAUUAUACUGAACUGAAAGAGCUAGCAGCGCAGCUCCACUUGGAGGACUGCGUCACUUUCCUACGUUCGCCCUCUGAUUCACUGAAGGUGGCGCUGCUGCGGGGCAGCGCAGCCGUGCUGUACACCCCAAGCAGAGAGCAUUUUGGGAUCGUUCCUGUGGAGGCCAUGUACUGCUGCUGCCCUGUUAUCGCGGUGAAUUCUGGGGGCCCCCUGGAGAGUGUGGCAGACGGGGAGACGGGCUUCCUGUGCGAGCCACGGGCAGAUGCCUUCUCGAAGGCCAUGGAGAGGCUUGUGAGGGAGCCGCAGCUCCGCGUGGACAUGGGACAAGCUGGGAGGAAGAGGGUAGAAGAUAAAUUCUCUCUUCAGGCCUUCUCAGACCAGCUCUAUGGGUACAUUGUCAGGCUGAGCCAGUGAUGGGAAAGCAUGAGGAGAGGCAGGAGACGGGUUGAAAAAUGAUCCUCUACUGAACUGUGAAUUGUCUGUGGACGACUGGGGUCUGCAGUGAGGUGAAGUGGAUGUCCUCUAACAGAAGAUGUAUGUGUAAAUGUGCAGGGAGGCGGGAGGGGGGGCUAUUUUGAGGUCUCGGAGGACAAUUAAUCAGCAUUCCCCUGGAGGGGUUGCUGAGAGGAGGAAAAGAAUGGAAUCUCUAUACCAAUUAAGAAAAGAGUAACAAGUUUACCUACCAUAUCUCUGGAAAAAGUGUGUGUGUGUGUGUGUGUGUGUGUGUGUGUGUGUGUGUGUGUGUGUGUGUGUGUGUGUGUGUGUGUGUGUGUGUGUGUGUGUGUGUGUGUGUGUGUGUGUGUGUGUGUGUGUGUGUGUGUGUGUGUGUGUGUGUGUGUGAUUGUAUAAUUGUAUAUGUGUAGCAGCGCCGCAACCAAGAGCCUACCAAAAGGAUUGAUUAUUAGAGUGAAAUGUUUUGCACAGUGUAUUUUUUGUUUUUUUGCCCCCUUGCUUUGCUACACUAGUCUUUGUCUUUGUGUGUUUGGGGGACGAAGAAGAAGAAUGUAGUUACCACCAUGAGCCAUCAGGCAGUGCACAGUCCCAGAUCGAUAAACAGGAUGCUUUCCACUACUUCCUGUCCGCCCAGAGCUUUGUUCCCCUCCUCGCAUUCAGAAAUUGCUGGCCUGUUCAUGACUCUUGCUGCUGUGUGGAGGUUAUUAGCAGAUGAUAGAGAGUGUUCUUUAUUAGAGGUCUGGUUGAUGGGCAGUGUGGCUUUGUCUGGGUCAUUAUCAACGAGGAGAAUAGCAGAAGGUCAUUGUGUCUCGAGCUGGCCUCCUCAGCCCUCCUACUGUAUAGAAAUGCUCUUAUUGACAUUCUUGAAGUCUUAAUAAACAAGAGGACACAUACUUUCCUGACUCUUAUGGGGUUUGCUUUGUUGGUAAGUUUUUUUUGGCCCUUUAAUAGACUUUGUUAAGGAUUUUUGAGCGUGGAGGCACAGAAAUGUUGUUUAUGUUGUGCCAUCCUUUUUUUUCUUUUCAUUCAUAGAUUGUGCCUUGAGUUGUUAAAUGAAACAUUCUCAGACAAUGUA